AUGGACAUGGACAACAGCUUGAGCCUGACGCCAACGGGGCCGCUCAGCCCGCUGCGGAUGUCAACGCCAGACCGCGUCAACCAACGCCGCGAGGCCCAGAUGACACCGUUCAGAACCGAUGGCUACGACAGCCCAGUUCUCGAAAAGAUUAGCCAAUUCAAUAACAUGUCCGGCCAGUCCAGACAGCUAGGCAAAACGAACGACGCGCUCAAGAGAGCUGUUCUUGGACGGGAGGAGGCCGAAAUGGAGAUGAAGCGUAUGAGAGAUGAAAUCAAGCAGCUCCAAAAUGCCUUCGAUCAAGGAAAAGAACGAGAACGAAAAGUUGGCGAGCGGCUAGAAGCCGUCAUGGACAGCUACGGCCGAGCAAAGGAGACACACGCACAUACUCAAGCCCUCUGGGAAAAAGAAAUUCGACGAGCGAGAAAAGAAAACUUCAAGUCACAGUCAACCAUGGUCAAGCUGCAAGAGGAGCUCAAGACUGCUCGCACCGCAGCCAAGAUCAACGAAGAAUGCUUGGAGCGCGAAAAGGAACGUAGCCAGCGGCGAGAACAAGAAGCCUUCACUGCUCGCUAUCAAAUAGUAGGCGUCCAGGAACAACUCGACAAGGCACUGGAGCGCGUCAAGGUGGUCGAGCAGGAGCGCGAUGCCUACAAGACCGCAGCUAAGAACGAGGAGGUCGCACGCAUCGCUGCCGAGGGCCGACUGCCUCUGGCCUUCGGUAACGAAGCAGUCGAGCUAUCAUCAUCAAACAAAGUCCAGAAGAAGCGCAAGCGAGAUUCAGCCAAGGACGGCGGCCGUGUGUCUCUGUCCACGAUGGACUUGGUUGGCUCUGCCGCUACAGAAAUAGAAAUAGAAGAGCUUGCGCUGCAAGUUGCUUGGGAGAAACAUAGAGCUGACAGAGCUCAAGAAAUGGUUGAAUUUCUACAGGCCGAAUGCCGGAUGCAUUCUUGCCUCGGUGCGCGGGAAACUCGCCAAGUCAGCCAAGUCGUUCAGGUCAGCCAGGCCAGCCAGGUCACUCCACGAAAAGCUAUCGAGCAACCAGAGUCGACUACACCUGCAGAUGAUACUGUUGUGGCUACAACUGAGGUUCCUACUAUUACUACUACUACCCUUACUACUACCACCACCGAGGACCUGAUGGAGGGGGAACCUUUGGGUCAGCCAGCAGACGUUUCGGAACCCACGAUUGACGAACCUGAACCAAUGGCCGACGUUCAGAUGACACCUGCAAAGCAGGAGCUUCAGCCCCACAGCCAAACCCCCGCGACUGAUGACACCCAUGAAGCGAUGGAUGAAGAUCAGUCCGACGAAAUUUUAGAAGUCGAGGCUGAAAUGGUACCGGACAACAUUAUCGCAGUGGAAUACCACGAGCCUACGGUCCAACGCCAGCCGACUGCGGAGCCGACUCAAGAAGCCGAGUUCACAAUGAAAGAGCCCGAGGGGAAUGUUGAAGAAAGUGCCGACGAGACCAUGGCGCCGCCUGCUGAUGCCGUUCCGGAACUUGAGCCAGAGUUUGCUAUUGACCACCAUCACGAGGGUCAUCACGAGUGUGACUUGGAAGAGCGUCGCGAGUCGCUUCCUGAGCCCGAGUCACUGGGUGAGCAUGAGCUGAUGAUCGUCAAGUCGAGGAAGGGGCGAACCAGCACCAUAUUUUGCCCCAAGGAGGGUGUUUUCCGCACAGUCUCAGAGCAGGAAGCUGAAGCCGCGGCCUUGGAAGAGCGCUUCCAGGCGGAACCUGGUCCGGAUGAGAGGGAGGAUAAUGUUGACAUUAUCCUUCCCGAUAUGAUGGAAGAGGCAAGAAGCUCUCGUAUGUAUGCCAGGACUCCAUCCGUGGAGCCACCAUCAUGCGCCAUCAUGUCGAGAGACCGAAUUGCCAGAGACCGUACUUCCCUCCAGUCUCUGCUGAGUGCGCCGCAUAGCGAGGAAGAGUCAUCAGUUCCUACGACUUUCAACAUCCCAACUGUCGAAGAUGGCGAGUCUAGGACUGCAUUGGCAGUUGGGGAUGCUCCAGAGGAGGCCGUUGUAGAUGAAGAUGAAGAUGACGGUGGGGCUCGCCAGACCUCAGGGUCGCCCACGCCUACAAUGUACUCAUCCACAACUCGAUUCAAAGUGACGACGACCACUGUUCCGGUGCGCGAUGAAUCCUCUCAGCACAGUGCUUCAUUUCAUGAGAAGCUUCGAACUCCUUCAGCAAGCAGCAGCGCUAGCUUUGAUCUCACAGACCCAGCUCUUACGCCAACCAUGACGCGGGAACAAGCGCUGGCCAAGAUUCGAGAGAGGCGAGGACGCGCACGAAGCAUUGCGCAGGCGACGGCAGUGCCACCUAAGAAGCUAGCACCGACGGGCGCAAAGCGGGAUAUCAGCUCAUCAUCGACCAAGGCACCCUUGAGCAAGACGACGCCCAAGACUAUUUCCAAGACGACUACGACGACGACGACACGAACCAGGCCUACAGCGAAGCCUAGCAGCAGGCCAACGAGCAGGUCUGCGAGCAGAGUUGCGAGCAGAGCUGCCAGUCGAACUACUCCUACCAGCCGCACCACGAGCAGGACACGAUAA